GCAAUAGUCACGUAGACCAUUCUGCGGAUUCUGUGUGCGCGUGUUAUUGUUUUAUUUUUUGAUUGAGUAACCUAUUAUUUUAUAUAAAGAGAUGAAGCCAUAAAAUUACAAUACGAAAUGGAAGAUAUAGUUCUUAAUUCUAGUGUAGUAGUGGUUCGUGCGAAACCUGAAGGACAGAGGAAGACGUUCAAACCAAAUAUUCGCUCACUAAAUAAAAUUCCUGAUGAUUUACUGAAUGACCCUUUGCUAAAUAGAGCCUGUGAUGCUCUGCCACAAAAUUAUAAUUUUGAAAUCCACAAGACAAUUUGGAGGAUACGAUCUAUUAAUGCUAAAAGGGUCGCUCUACAAAUGCCAGAAGCUCUGGUUUAUUUCAGGUUUAACAAUGUUUGCGACAACAAUAUGUGACAUAAUCGAGACUUUCACUGAAGCAGACACUGUGAUUAUGGGUGAUGUCACUUAUGGAGCAUGCUGUAUUGAUGACUUCACAGCCGCGGCACUGGGAGUGGAUUUAUUAGUACAUUAUGGUCACUCCUGUCUAAUACCCAUAGACCAAACAACUGAUGUAAAAAUUCUUUAUAUAUUUGUAGACAUAAAAAUUGACCCAUCACAUUUUGUAGAAACUAUCAAAGUUAACUUUCCUAAGGGCACUCAUUUAGCAUUAGUAAGUACUAUACAAUUUGUUACAACUCUACAUUCGGUAGCAAAACAUCUGCGAGGUGAAGAAUACUCUGUGACAGUUCCUCAAUGUAAGCCUCUAUCUCCUGGGGAGAUACUUGGUUGUACUGCACCCAAGUUAACUGCAGAUGUAAUAGUAUACCUUGGUGAUGGUAGAUUUCAUUUAGAAUCCAUAAUGAUAUCCAAUCCAACCAUUCCAGCUUACAAAUAUGAUCCUUAUGACAAAAAGUUCACAUCAGAAGCUUAUGAGCAUCAGUUAAUGCAAGCUAACAGAAUGAACCAGAUAAAAACAGCAGAGAGUGCCAACAGUUUUGGACUCAUUCUGGGAACAUUAGGAAGACAAGGUAGUCCAAAAGUAUUAGCAAAUUUAGAGAAACAAAUUAGCAAUUCUGAUAAGAAAUCUGUAAAAAUUCUGUUAUCAGAAAUCUUUCCUAGUAAACUUUCUUUAUUUGAUAUAGAUGCUUUUGUACAAGUGGCUUGUCCGAGACUCUCUAUAGACUGGGGUACUGCCUUCCCCAGACCCUUAUUAACCCCCUAUGAGUUCUCUGUUGCUUUAGGGAACACAAAAUGGCUAAUGGAAGAUGGAACCUAUCCUAUGGACUUCUAUUCAAAUGAUAGCCUAGGACCUUGGACACCAAACUAUAAACCAGUAUUUUGUUCAGGCACAGAUAAGAAAUGUGAUAAUUGCUGUAAUGGAAGAAAAGAUAAAUAAAAUAAAAAUAUUUAGUAUAGAAAAUUUAUAUUUACUUACUGGAAUAUUUGAUGGUAUAACAGCAGCAGUUUCACGAGCUUGCGUAAACACUUGAGAAUCCAAGAACUUGGAGGGGAAGGUCUCGGCAAAAUUAGGAAUCUGUAUGUCUCUAGUGUCUCUCCUAAAAAAUUUUUUAUUUAUUUAUUUAUUCACACGUACAAUUUCACAUGAACAAAUGUAACACACAUUAGUACAAGGGCACUGCUUAUUUUAAAUUGAAAUUUCUAUCAGCAGGCCCAAAUCAGGAAAAAAAAAUGUUAAUUGUUAGUGAUGCACAUUAAGAAUAUUUUACAGUAUAGCAUUUUGAUUGCCAAAUUGAUCAAAUAUAAUAAUGUACUUUAUAUAAUGAAGAACUGUUAAGUUAUUAAAUGAGCAUAUCUAACCUGUGCAUUAAGGCCACAGAAUAACAGUAGUUAAACAGUUGAGGAUUGAGGUUGGAUCUUGCAAAAACACAAGUAGACAGCAAUUGUUGCAACUCGUUAGUGGGAACACCUAUAAGAAUAUCUUGUUAACUUUCAAUGGAAAUAUUAUAUAUUUUAUUAUGUAUUUAUUUUCCUUCUAAUCUUAAUAGGAUAAUUGAUAAUUUUUAAUUUUGUACCUGUAAUUUUGAAUAUAUUGAAAUUAAAAGUUACU